AUGGCUGAAUACUGGAAAUCAGCACCCAAGUAUUGGUGCAAACAAUGCAAGAUAUUCAUCCGCGACACUGCCUUCGAAAAAACACAACAUGAAGCGACAGGAAAACACCAGGGUAACCUAAAGCGAUUCCUCCGGGAUAUCCACCGCGACAAUGAACGGCAGCAACGGGAUUCGCAGCGAGCAAAGAAUGAAGUUGAGCGUCUACGACAAACUGUGGCAGGGAGAUCUGGGGGUGAAGGGAAGGGCGCCUCAUCUACGUCAACUACCGCUGCUGCUCAACCACGGGCACGACCGGUUUCCGUGGAGGAGCGCAAAAAACAGAUGGCGCAACUUGCCGAUAUGGGCGUCGCGAUCCCGGAGGCGUAUCGUGGUGAUAUGUCGUUAGCUGGCGAGUGGCAGACUGUUUCUGAAAGGGUAAUACGAGAAGAGGGGGAGUCUGAGAAAGCUCCGACUUUGGGAGUCCGCAAACGGAAACACGAUGUUGAUGUUGACGAGGAAGAGCAGGAGGCGAAGAGGGAGGCUGAGCGUUUUGUGAGCAAGGGCUGGGGCUCGAAGACUAGGCGAUACCCUGGCGCUGAGGAUGACGCAGAUUUGGAUGCUCUUUUUGCGUCCACGAAGGAUAUGAAGAAGGCAAAUCCUCCCGAGGAAAGCACGGGGAUGUCUCCGCCAGAGGAAGGUGCGGAGGAUGUUUCAGCAAAGGAUAGAGAAGACAACCCUUCAGAUCAGCCCGCGCAGAUCGAGAAGGAGUCAGCUGCUGGUCCUGCUCCUGACGUGAAAACUGAACCGGAAGACACAGCUGCGGGUGUCGUGUUCAAGAAGCGCAAGCCAAAGGCCAUGAGAAAAUAG